AGGAUUGAGAGGAUGUCGGUUGUGUUAGUGUCCGGUGGUGGCUUUGGUUUAGGCAUGUGGAUGCUGGCUAUCGAACCGUACAGCAGACUGACGAUUCCGGGUAUUAGGAAGAAUGCGGCGAAGCACAUGGAAAUCUCUGAUAUUAAUGGAAGGAGAUCGUCCAAGUUUGGUCCACGUGGUGUACCCGAAUAAAUGACGGAUUGCCGAUUUGUGUUGUCCAAGCGACUUUUUCUGUAGCUCGGUUUCGGAUCGCCAUUUGAAGCCUGCGAUGAGAAUACGUUACAGCCAUGAAUUAAUCAAUGCCGGAGAAAUUUCUUAUGAUUUCCUUCGUAAUUGCUUACUAGGUUCCGUAGUCAAAUGACUCGAAACUGCUUCGGUGUCGUAACUUUUCGAGAUUCUAAUCUACUGUACUUUCCUACUGUAGAAGACAGAGGUGAGUAAGUAUCGCUUGCUGAUGAUAAUCCGGGGUUCUUAAGCCAGAGUUUGCGAUUUUUGUAUUAAAAGAUAUCACUCAUAUUCCAGUAAACCCACUCCGGAUUCCACGAGAUAAACUAGCGCCAAACGAUUUACAGCCGAAUCUCCAUAACUCGAAACUCGCUAAGUCGAAUACCUUUCUAUGUCGAUUUUCUUCAAGUCCCCGUCUAAAUUCACGUAUGAGCAAUGUAUAUAAUAGCUCCAUAACUCAAAGGUUUUCCCUCUGAAACCUCCAACUCGAAUUUUCUGGUGACUUUUGGCUAUUACUUUAUUGACAUGUGAAGAGAAACGCAAUGAAAAUGUAACAUGAUGUGUUUCGAAAGAAGGUAAAAGACGAUUUAUGGAAAUCAACCCUUGUCCCCAAGUUCAAAAUCCUGUCAGCUCGUCUAAGAAGCAAUUUAGGGCCCAGAAUAUCACGAAUUACGAUUCACUUCUUUCUCUCUACGGAAAAUCCUCCAUAUACGAAUUUUUUAGCUUAACCCAAGAAAUUCGGCUAGAAGAGGUUCGACUGUACUUCUUUCAAUCAUUUUCGGUUAGAGACGUUGAAAAAUCAAACCAGUCGCUCAUUGUACCAAAGCAAUCGGGAAAUUAUUUUUCCUCUGAAUCAAUUCGUGGCAUUUGUCUUUCUGAAGUAUGUCUCCUGGAAAAUACUGUACCUCUUCAAUAGAAGACUGUUCGAAGCGCAUUUAAUGCGAUCAAAAUCGACAUCUCUCUGCCCGACCAAUAAUCUAGGAUUGCUUACAUAGCCCUGUGAGGAACCGGCCGGAAGUCGAGUAAUUUCCGUCUCAGUCACUUGGUCAAAUUUCACAUUCUCCCCGGAAGGUCCAGAAAUGGAUCCCCGUCGUCUGUCGGAUCCAGCUUCAAUUUCGGAGGACUCCAGGGAACCCUCUUCUCCUCCAUCCUGUUCAUUAACCUGCGCCACUGUCUGAUCCACGACAUCAACCACCAUGACUUCUCUGGGAUCUCUUCCGUUUCUUCGAGAUACCUUCUGUGAGCUGCUUGACGAAAAUCCCCAGUUUUCGUGCCGACGAUUCUUGCGUAAAGUGGGACUUGUUCAACGUGUUCGUGAUGCCCGAUCUGUUUUUGGGGCCUGCGUGAUGCACCCGUUUCGCUGAAAAAGUGUGAUAUUCGCAGUAACAGGCGUCCAGUGUAAAAAGUGAAGUACAGGAGCACCAGGAAAAUCGCGAGGAAUUUCAAGAAGGUGCUCAGCAGCUCGCCCGGGUAUAUGUAACCUAUUUUGAUGGCAUUGCGCCGAGUUUCGAUAAAGGGUCAAGAACGGGCGGAUUAAUUUUACAAUGGAUCGUGAAAACAUAUCUGGAGAAAUUCCUAGUGUUGCGAUUAUCUUCAAUGGUUUCAGUGACUGAACGGGUAGUUGAAGUUUGAAAGAUCCAGGAUUCAGAAGAAGAGCGAUUAUUUGUGUUCGAGGGUGAUUUUAAUUAAACAUUAUAUUGAGAUUUCUUUCAUCAGCCUGUGAGAAACGGCGAACGUGUCCAAAUCAAGACCAAGCCAAAUUUCGCAAACACUUCCACGAGUUGUCUUUCCGCAAAUUCCUGAAGCAUGGCUUCGUUAUUGUGGUACUGCGCGGUCAGGUUUUAAGCCAAAUUCAUGAUUCCUCCCUUAAUUCAGAAUGUUCUAAUGUUGGUAGUAACCUUCGUUUACUUGGGUGUGCUGAUAUAAUAGAAAAAAGCUUUUGUCCUGAAAUUAAAUCAGGCAGUGUUGGAUUUUGAGUCAGAAGAGUACCCAUUGAUUGAAGUGAUGACCCACUCUUGUCAUCAGGAGUUGGUUUUUAAGCAGUUUUCAAGUCGUGUGAAAGAUCUAUAGCCUUGCUAUGAUUUGUAUGUUGAAGAGAAUGCGCUUAAUAAGCUGGCUCGCAAAUUUAGAAUUAGGAGCGAGGCGCGCAGAAACGGGAAAACAAUUUCUAGUCAUGUUGUCCAUGUACCGGUGAUGGGUGAAGGACAGAAAUUUCCGCUUCCGAAGAAUAAACUGUUACUACACCAUAUGCUGUGUUGAUGUUCUGUAUUUUGUGCUCCUGCAUUUUUAAAAGUGAUAGCGUGUGGUAUCUCGUGAUGAAUACUAUGCGUGUCAGUGAAUCGUGAUCCGAACUACGCUAUAUGUUUUUUAUCUGGUACUGUUUGUUACCUAUUUUGUAUGAAGACGAAUUUGAUGGCACCUCGUCGAGCUUUACGUUUUCCAAUGAAUUUGAGUUUCUUCAAAUUUUAAGCAGUCGUCUAUGAAGAAGAAAACCUCUUUGCGGUCCAUGUUCGCAGAGGGGGAAGAACCGAAGUUGGUGUAGUGUGUGUGUUUCGUGGCGGCGGGGCGGAUGAGUGCGUCGAUUUUGGCGGCAGUGUCGACGCUGCUGCUCGCAGUUUUGCGACUAUGUGCCUUGGCACUUGUCUGGUUGCGUCGACUGCGACUCAGAAUCCAACGCAUAACCGUCGAUGGCCGGACAGCUGCUAUUGAGGACCUGCGAAGGUGUGAUGUGAACCGAGUGCCGAAACAUUUGGUGUUGUGUGUCCAGGACACGUCGACACUGGAUGUGUUGUGUGCGUGCGUUGUUUGGUGUCUGGUCGCCGGCAUCGGCUGCGUUACAUUGUACGAUCCGGAAGGUUUAUUGAAGCGGAGGAAGGAUUUUCUCGCAAAAACCAUCCUGCUAGAACAAGAGAAACUGUUGGGGAAGUCAUACCCCCGUUUCCGGAUCAAGUCCUGCGACGUCGAUUUCGAUUACGGCUACACCAACGGGAUGGUCGUUGAACGUGUGAUGCGCCUGUCGUUGUCGGGAGCACAAGACGGGAAGGAGAGUUUAGUAGUAGCAUUACGAGAGCUGGCCAAGGCUGCAAUGCAAGACGCAUUGAUGAGCUCGCGUGAUUUAAUCAGUAGGAUAGUAUGUAAGACCGGGUUUUCUGAACCGGACGCCAUGUUGGUUGUUGGUCCUGUGAUGUCCACUGCCGGCUUCUCUCCUUGGGACGUUCGGCUUACCGAGAUCUUUCAAAUUCCAUCUGCGGCAGAGCUCACCAGUCGUUCCUUCGUCGAUGUGUUGGAAGAUUUCUCCCGGUGUCAGCAACGCUUCGGCACCUGAUGCCUGUUGCCAGAACUAGGACAAUUAGAUGAAUAUACUGUAUUCGGCUGCCGGAUCAAUAAGAAGCUCACAACCGGUCUUCUGUUAUUCAAAUGAAAAAAACAUUCCCUGUUUUCCUGUAAUCAGAAGUGAAUUCGAUUGAGCCAUUCGUAUGAAGCGAUUUCUCAGCGUGCGACCACUGAACAUGAAAAAAGUGCUGACAUUUGAUUAAAAUUAACUGUACGAUUAAUGCAACGUCAACUGGGGUAUUGAAGAAGAAGUUUCGCGGGAUCAUUUGAAUUCCUUCCACCCUGAAUCGGAUUCAGUCUUUUUUGUGUAAUUUGCCAUUCAAUUAUUUUUUGUUGUUCUUGCAUCGAUCUCUAAAAUAUUUUCAACUGUUUGUCCGUGUGCCGGGAUUUACGUAGUACUUCUCUGAAUUUUGCUGCGGGAUUAUGGAAGGGGGGUCGAUCGUGGGUAUUUAUCAGCCCCGUUAUUCAAACGGAAACCUGUGCAAAGUCCUGAUACGCUCACUGAAGCGCGGAUUAGUUGAAAACAGUUGGCUUUGUUCACGUGAAAACUGCCAGCGUGUUGCUUUUUUUUGCUUUGAAUGCUGCGAGUUGUUGAAGUUGGGCGUGAAUUUGAAAUGCAAAUUCAUGAGGAAGUGGCA